AUGCCCUUGGCCGCAGACAUCGGAGCACUUGCCGACGGUCGAAAUCAUGAAGCUGGAAAACAUCAUUGUCUUCAGAACAAUCUCCAAUUGAGCGCCAAAAAACCAAUUGUUGCACUCGUGCAUGGUGGUCGAGUCCAUCUAUCUAUCCCAGUCCGCGACUUUGCUUCCCAUCACCGUCUCGCCGUUGUCCGUUCCUUCGACGUCAACACGCACGGUGCAGAGAUCGAUGAGGUCAAAUGUGGUGUUGCUGGUGGCUCUGUCCUCAUAGAUGUCCUACGGACUAGGGCAAGAAGUUAA